GGUGGGAGGGGCCGUUUGGGUGGGCAGUUGUGACGUCACUAGCCCUUGUCGGGUUGCUACGGCACCACUGCUAAGAUUAGGUAUUUUUGGCUGACCUAAGGAAGGGGACUGUGGGCUCAGGGCGCCGGUAAACGGCUCCAGGUGCACGAAAGCUGGAAUGUGGGGGCUCGCGUGCUGCCGCCACAACAACGGUAAAACGGAAGUCCUGCUCCCGCGCAGCUCGGCGUCCGGGCGGAAACAGCGUUCUUCUCGGAGCUGAGGCCCCGAAGCUUCGGGCCUGGGCGGCCUCGGGCUUGGCUGCCGGGAGCUAAGGGAGCACCCUCAGCUGGUAUUGAUGUUGAGCAUGCCUUUUUAGCAUAUUAAAAUGGCUGUACCCAAAACCGCCAUCCCUUCCUUGUCGGAAUGCCAGUGCCGCAUCUGUGUGGAAAUCCUAAUCGAGCCCAUAACACUGCCUUGUAACCACACGCUCUGUAACCCAUGCUUCCAAUCGACUGUCGAAAAGGCGAGUUUAUGCUGUCCCUUCUGUCGCCGCCGGGUCUCUUCGUGGACCCGAUACCAUACCCGAAGAAAUUCUCUUGUCAACAUGGAACUGUGGGAAUUAAUCCAAAAACACUAUCCAAAGGAAUGCGAGCUUAGAGUUUCUGGGCAGGAAUCAGAGGAAAUCGUUGAUGACUGUCAGCCAGUUCGCUUAUUAAGUAGACCCGGGGAAUUGAGAAGAGAGUAUGAGGAGGAGAUAAGCAAGGUGGAGGCAGAGCGACGAGCCAGUGAGGAAGAAGAAAACAAAGCCAGUGAAGAAUACAUACAGAGAUUAUUAGCAGAGGAGGAAGAGGAGGAAAAACGACAGGCAGAAAAAAGGCGAAGAGAGAUGGAAGAACAAGUGAAAAGUGAUGAAGAACUAGCAAAGAAGCUAAGCAUUAAUAUUAACAAUUUCUGUGAUGGAAGUGUCUUGGCUUCUCCCUUGAAUUCCAGAAAAUCUGAUACAGUCACAACCAAGUCUCAAAAGAAAAGUAAGAACAAACAAACAAACACUGGAGAUAUUCAUAAGUAUUUGUCACCUAAAUCUCAGUUUGGGUCAGCAUCACAGUUUGAAAUUGUACAAGAAAGGAGGAAGGACUCCACGUCUAAGGAAACUGACAGUAGUGUUGUAAAGAGCCCUGCAUGGCAAGAUACAGAAAUUGAGGAAGAUAUGCCAACACUUUCUCGGCAAAUAUGCGUGGAAAUUCAAGAACAGGGUGAAAAGUCUUCAGAGUCACCCAUGCCUCAGUUAUGUGCCAAUGGUGGAGAAUGGUGCCUUGAAGGGGAAGUCAAAGUGAGACCAACGAAUCAUGAUAAAGAGCUAAGUGUCCUAAAUCAUGAGGGACCUGAAGGCAGAGUUCCCUGCUCUGGGGAAGCUGCAGUUAAGCCUUAUGGCAAAACAGAGAGUGGGUGCACUGUAUCAGGUAUGACACAGAUAAUUGGAAGUAAUACAGUUGAGACAGAAAAUGAAGACUCUUGUCUAUCGAUCAGUAAAGAUAUUUCCAAAAGAAAAAACCCGGAAUCUUUGUCUGAAGCAGUCAGGGAUCCAUGCGUUUCUGCAAAAAGAAGGAAAAUGUUCCCCGAAGCUUCCUCAGAUCAAGAGGAAACAGAAAUCAACUUUACCCAAAAACUGAUAGAUUUGGAACACUUACUUUUUGAGAGACAUAAACAAGAAGAACAGGAUAGGUUAUUAGCGUUACAGCUUCAGAAAGAAGUAGAUAAAGAACAAAAGAAGCCAAACCGGCAAAAAGGAUCCCCAGAUGAGUAUCAUUUACGUCCUACCUCUUCACCUCCAGACAAAUUGUUAAAUGGACAGAGGAAGAAUUCCAAAGAUAGGAACUUCAAAAAACAGACUGAUACAGAGCAUUCAAAAUCUCGGAGAGGCUCAAAAAAUGAAAAUUGGCAGCCGUCUUUUAAGAUCCAGUUGAAACAUUCAGUUAAUGGGAGAAAGGUGCCAAAUUCUUCUAGAGAUAAUUGUAAUGUAUCUAAAAGUUCCCUACAGCCUAGUAAGUCACAGAAAAGUAUUUUUCAGAUGUUUCAGAGAUAUACAAAGUAAUGCAUGGGGAGAAGGAGUGUUUUAUAAUCUAGUAAAGCUGGAUUAUGAAGCUCUCUUUUCUGUCAUAGACUCUUUAUAAUGGUCACACUCAUCGUCUAUAAAGGACUGUGUGAUUACAAGGGAGGACUAUAUAAAUGUGUUUCUGCCAAACUCAGUGGUAAGCAGGAGUCCCAAUCCUUUGCUUUUUUAAUAAUUAUGAUGUACUAAGUUUGACAAUCCUUACGGAUAUAAAAAUGCCUUGGUGAACUCCCAAGAAAUCUUCAAGUGCCAUUCUGUUUCCCAGAAAUGCAUGUUUUACAGCCUUUGCUUCCCUUCUUGUCCUAACUAGUAAUCAAAGCAAGAUGGUACUAUACGGAGUAGUUAGGAACCCAGGCAGGGUGAGUUUUCUUGCCACUUUCCCAUAUAUUUGCAGAGCACUUGAAAUGCAUCUUCCAUAACACUAAAGUAAUCUAGUUUUCAUCUCCACUUUAAUUAUUUUAACCAUUAUAGCAUUUUCUUCAAUUUAAAAUGGUUUAUGAUCAAUGCGUAAUCAGAAAAAUCAGAGUUUCCUGGAAAAUUAGGAAUCAGUUGACAGAAAGGAAACUAGGCUCUUGAUGCAAAAGGAGUUAAGAGUUGGGGUGCAGCUCUGUGGGGGCAGGUUGACCAUUUGGAAGUGUUGGAACUGAGUGAGUGAUCAGAAACUGGGCCUCGGAUGGAGUAGCCAGUGGAGUUUGGUAGAGGGUUCUCCCUCCUCCUUUCUUUGCUAAAUGACAUGGAAAACAUUUGGGUUUUAUAGCUUUUCACAUCAUAGUAUCUGGUAUCAAAAUCAAAAUCAAUUGCUAAAUUGCCUGAAAUUUAGGGAUUUCACAUUUCUAUUAAUCUGCUAUUCCAGGAAAAAAAUGGGAUUUUACUGUAGGAGAGUUAAAUAUAAUAUCUUUUGUUGUGGGACCUGAGACAUAACCAUGUGUUUAUUUCCUUAUAUUAUCAUUUGUAUUGAUGCUGACUUUUAUAUGUGUUUAUGGGCAGAAAAAGAGAGUCUGAUGCUUGGGUUUUGCCAUCUUACCCCUGAAAGUUAAAUCAGAAGGCAGUGAUUUCAUUUUGUGAAAUUUAACUUGGAGACUAUUAAUCUUUUUUUCAUUAAUAUAAACAAUUUUAAGCAAAUAGCAGUUUUAACAGCAUUUCUGCUGAUCUCUAGUUGUCCAUCCUUUAAAAGUAAAAAUAAAACAUUCUAGAGCUAAUUCUAGCUUAAAUUUGUCAAUAUUUUUGUACAUUAUUAAGAUUUUUUUCCCUCCAAAUUUUGUAACUGAAAUUCUGUUAAUCUUUGCAUAGUUAAUGGCAUCUAUUCUGAUAUUGAUCGGGUAAUUAUGGGUAGAAUUCUGAUGCUAAUUUAAAAUCUAGUUUGCCCUUUCUCAAAAAAAAAAAAGUGAUUGCCCUCUGAGUAAUGAUUGUGCUGGAAUGAAGUCUAGUCAGAAACUAACCAAAUUUCUCCAAAAUACACUAAUAUCUGUCUUCUCAUCAAACCAGUAUUUUUCUAAGAGCAAUUUCACUUAACAUUUUAGGGUGGACACUGUUAGAACUCCUCAAAAGUUGUAUAAUUAAAUUUUCCUGGAAUAGUCCAUGACCAAAAAGGGGAAAAAAUAGUGUGACAUAUAUAGGAUUUAUACAUUUAACCACUUAUUUGUCUGUGAAUAAGUUUUCCUGACCUUAAGAUAAAUUUUAAUUUCUCUGUUAGUUUUUCUGAUAGCCCUACCUUAUAUGCCUUUUCGUUAGAAACUAAUAAAUGUUUUGUGUCAGUCAUUAGAGUAUAUUGCUACUUUUUCCUCUCAUUUUUGUGGAGGGAUAGGAGAGUGUUUAACUUCUCAGGGAGCACUAGAACAGUGCAGAGGUUGAGAAUCUGAAAAUUAAAAUAAUAAAAAUUAAAAUGGUCUAUUACAUGUAUUUUACCACAAUUAAAAAAUAAAAAUUAACUACAUAAAAAUAAAAAGUUCUGCAUAACAAAAACUACUACCAUAAUGGAAAAUUGGAAGACAUGGCAAAUGGCGGGAGGGUUGGCGGGGAGUAGAUGCAGUUCAUCACAAAGAGCUCAUUUCCUUUAUGCAAAGUAUCUGCUGAACAUUAUGAAAACAACUAAUAACUUGAAAGGAAAAUUAGAAAUGUUCCCAAGAAACAUAGUUCCCAGGAAAGGAAAUACAAAUGUCUCUUAAAUAUGUGAAAAGAUGCAAAAUGUCACUUACACUAAUGUUUAUACAUUUUUCUACCCUUCACAUUAGUUAAGAUAAAGGUGUUUUUUUGUUUUGCUUUUGUGUAUGUAUGUGUGUUUAAAUCUUGGCAAGAGUGUGGGGAAAUAGGCACUGUUAUCUGUUGGUUGGUAUCAGCAGAAAAUUUAAAAUCCCAAUUCCGAA